AUGCUGAGGAACAGUAGCUGUGCUUGUGGUAACAAGUACGGUAAAUACCAAAAGAAACCCGACGAAGAUUGUAACUUGCCUUGCAGUGGAGACGCAGCACUAGCUUGUGGUGGAACUUGGAGAAAUGCUGUUUACUGUAUAGUUCCACAUUACGCGAAAUUCCUGGGUUGUUAUAAAGAAAGUGUACCGCGUGAUUUAUGGGGUCUGGAAACAACAGCGAMCACCAAUCGAUGUCUUAAGAUUUGUCAAUCAAGUGGAUAUGCAUAUGCCGCUGUACAAAAUGACARCCGUUGCACAUGUGGAGUUAGCUAUGGUCGAUAUGGCAAAGCAGACCCUUUUACAUGUAACUGUACCAAAGAMACCAAUGCAGUAUACGAGACUGGUGGCGGCACUUGGAGGAUGAAAGAGUUAUUCUACGGAAAUUCACCGAAUAGCCUGCCACUGUCGAGACAAUAUGCGGUUUAUACCGAAACGUCAGUUGAUGAUUUGUACUUGUGCAUAAGCUACUGCGGGACGAACGCGCUCUGUAAGUCAAUCAACUACAAUCACGUGACCCGUAGCUGCGAAAUGAACAACGUGACGUCAUUGGAAGGGAAAUCGCAAGCUCGACAAGGCUUCCAUUAUUAUGAGCCGGUUGGGAACAUAUUCAAUCACCAGAAGCGGGAUGACCUCUAAAAAGCAUCCUAACACAAUAUUAUUAAUAUGAUCAAUUUACAACUAAUGACAAAAUAUACUAGCGACGCAAUAUAACAAUGUCUUCAUUUGUCAAAGAUAACAAUUCUAUACUGAUCGACUAAUUGAUCAUUAAUAAUUUGUGUCUUGGAACCUGCUUUGGGGCAAUUUCUUCAAUCUCCAUGAAAGCUUCAGCCGGCUCCUCUACACCAUUUUAACAUCAUUUACAAUAGCUGACUAUCACGGUUUCGAACUGAUUUUAUACAAAAGUUGGAGAAUUAAUAAUUUAUAACCUACGUGAAACCCCGUCUAUAUGUUGAGUAAUUGUUGUCGGGCUUUGCUUUGCUUUGAUUCUUUAAAAAUUUUCAACUUUUCCUCACUUUAUUUACCUGAGACUGAGUUUGUUCAUUGCUGUUGUUUUGUUUGCUAGUUUGUAUUUUCUACGAACAGUAAUUGAUAAGCAGCAGCAGAGACGGUAUAGAGUGGUUUUUAUAAACCAGCCUGCACAUUAGAGCACUAACACCUAUUUACUUUUUAUUUUGUAAAACCUCAUAAGUUUUAUUAAUGUUUCUUUCAAAAAUAAUAGCCUGCGCAGAGGCUAGAUUGGUGAGCGGAGUUUYUCCACUCGAUCAUCAUACUAAUAGUGCCRCUGCGCAUUGAGCAUGCUACAAAAAUAUUUGUGAUACAUUGAAAAACAAAAAUUAAAACGAGCACAAU